AUGACGGCGUCGCAGCCGCAGGAUGACGUCGACGACCUCAUGCCUGGGGAGGAUGACCUCCUCUACGAGGAGGAGCUGCUCAGGAACCCGUAUUCCAUGAAGCUGUGGUGGCGGUAUAUUGGGGCGCGCAAGCACGCGCCCGCCAAGCGGCGGUACCUCCUGUACGAGCGAGCUGUGAAGGCGCUGCCAGGGAGCUACAAGUUGUGGCAUGCGUACCUGCAAGAGCGGAAGCUGGCAGUACGGGGGCUCAGCAUCACAAACCCAGCCAUGGAAGCCCUGAGCAACACUUUUGAGAGGGCCCUUGUGACGAUGCACAAAAUGCCCCGCAUAUGGCUGGAGUACCUGACACUCUUGAUGGAGCAGAAGCUGGUCACACACACGAGAAGGGCAUUCGACAGGGCAUUGGCAGCAAUCCCGAUCACUCAACAUGAUAGAAUCUGGCAACUGUACCUGGAAUUCAUCCGGCAGCCAGGGAUACCUGUGGAAACGGCGUUACGGGUGUAUCGUCGCUACCUAAAGUUGGAGCCCUCUCACACGGAGGAAUUCAUAGCAUAUUUGAAGUCACAGGAAAGCUGGGGAGAGGCUGCACAAAAGCUGGCAGAAGUUGUGAACGAUGAUAUGUUCCGUUCGUUGGAGGGCAAGAGCAAGCAUCAACUGUGGCUGGAGCUGUGCGACAUCGUCACCAAACACCCCGAGGACGUUGCCUCCAUCAAGGUUGAAGCCAUCAUUCGGGGUGGCAUUAGAAAGUUCACAGACGAGGUCGGCCGGUUGUGGACGUCACUGGCAGACUAUUUCAUUCGGCAGGGAGAGUCCAUGUUUGAAAAGGCGAGGGAUAUUUAUGAGGAGGGCCUGGCGAGCGUUGUCACUGUGAGAGAUUUUAGUCUCAUAUUCGAUGCACUUGCUCAGUUCGAAGAGAGUCUUAUCAAUGCUAAGAUGGCACACCUUGACAUUGAGGAAGAGGAUGACCAGGAAGACAUCGGUACUGACUUUCUUCUCAAAGAUGAUGGCAAUGACCUUGAUCUGAGGAUUGCCCGCCUUGAGCGCCUGAUGUCUCGGCGGCCAGAACUGCUGAGCAGUGUAAUGCUGCGGCAGAACCCCCACAACGUACACGAGUGGCACAAGCGAGUGAAGCUCUUUGAGGGGCAGCCAACGAAGCAGAUCCUGACAUACACGGAGGCAGUCAAAACAGUGGAUGAUCAAAAGGCUGUGGGAAAACCGCACACUCUUUGGUGCUCCUUUGCCAAAUACUAUGAGAAGCAUGGUGAUGUCCACAAUGCCCGUGUGAUUUUCGAGAAAGCAGUUCAGGUCCAGUACAAAUAUGUGGACGAUCUGGCAUCGGUGUGGUGUGAGUGGGCUGAGAUGGAGCUCAGGCACCAGAAUUUCAAACGGGCGAUGGAGGUCAUGCGGCGAGCAACGGCUGCGCCACAGAGUUCGCGGGAGCGGCUGACAAGGGAUCAGCGGAAGAACCUGCCAGUUCAGGAGAGGUUGUACAGGAGCCUAAAGCUGUGGAGCUUCUUCGUGGAUCUGGAGGAGUCAUUGGGAACCAUGGAGUCCACUCGGGCGGUGUAUGACAGAGUCCUUGAACUCAGGAUAGCCACCCCGCAGAUCAUUUUGAAUUAUGCGAUGUUCUUGCAGGAGCAGAAAUAUUGGGAGGACUCUUUUCAGGUGUACGAACGUGGGGUCGUUCUCUUCAAGUACCCCCACGUGAGGGACAUUUGGCAGGCAUACCUGACCCAGUUUGUGGAUCGGUAUGGUGGCCAGAAGCUCGAGAGGGCAAGGGACCUGUUUGAACAGGCCCUACAACAGGCACCGCCAGCAGACUCCAAACCCAUUUUCAUGCAGUUUGCUGCCCUAGAGGAGAAAUACGGCCUGGCCAAGCAUGCCAUGACGAUCUACGAACGUGCUGUGAAGACUGUGCCACAGAAAGAACGCCUGGAUGUCUACAAGCUGUACAUAUCAAGGGCAUCAGACUUCUUUGGCAUAGGAAAGGUUCGUGAGAUUUACGAAAUGGCCAUCGAAGCCCACCCUCCCCACGACCUGGCAGACGACGACUGCCGUGCCAUGUGCCUCCAGUACGCUGGCCUUGAGCGCAACCUGGGCGAGAUCGACAGGGCCAGGGCUAUAUACGUGCACGCAUCCUCCCUCUGCGAUCCCAACGUGGACAAGGCGUUCUGGGAGGAGUGGAAACAGUUCGAGGUGAAGCACGGCAACGAGGACACGUUCAUGGAGAUGAGGCGCAUCAAGCGUUCUGUGGCGGCGAGCUACAGCCAAAUGCACUACAACAUGGCCACGGUCGAGGCGACCAUUCCAUCAACAGGCACUGUGGAAGCAGGCUCGCAGCAGGUGGCCAGCAAGCUGAAGCAAGAAGACGAGAUGGCUGCCCUUGAGCGCGGCGCAGAGCAGGCGGGUGGUACCGGGCUCUUUGGCAGAUUUGUGAGGGGAGAGGUCAUCCAGCAGGGUGAAAAGGACGCGGCAGCGGAUGGGGAGGCAGGUCCGUCUGCGCCAAACCCUGAGGAGAUCGACAUCGAUGUUGAUGAUGACGACGAGGAGGGCGAGGGUGGCAGCAAGGACAUGGAGCUGGCACAAAAGGAAGUUCCAGCAGCAGUGUUUGGAAGCAUCAAGAGGCCGGCAGCGCAGGAGGCAGUAGGUGCCAUGGAACGGCUCAAGAGGAAAAAGGCAGCUGAAAAGGGAUAG